UCACACAUCUGGUGCCCUUUAAUUUUUCCGUGAUUAAUCUGCUUUUUUUUGUAAACAUUGCAUUUAUCAUAAUCUUAGUUAUAUAAUUUUAUUACAGCAAUAUUAGCGGGCGACAGCAAUGACGGGAUUAGCAGGGAAAUUGGCUUUUGUAACAGGUGCCGGUUCCGGAAUUGGAAGGGCAGCAUGUAGAAUUCUUGCCAGGGAUGGUGCAACAGUCAUUGCGGCUGAUAAGAAUUUGUCAACUGCCCAGGAAACAGUUGAUCUCCUUGGGAAGGAUCCCCAUUCGUCGGUUUCCAUUGAAGUGGGCUCCUCAACUAGUGUCCGGGCUGCUCUUGCCUUUUGCCUGGAGCGCUACAAAAAGCCCCCAUCGGUUGUCGUAAAUUCCGCUGGGAUUACCCGGGAUGGGUUCAUCCUCAAGAUGGCAGAAGAGGACUUUGAUGCUGUCAUUAAUGUGAACCUAAAGGGAUCUUUUACGGUUCUUCAGACAUUUGCCAAGUCCAUGGUGGAACAAGGGGUCAGUGGAUCCAUUGUCAACUUGUCAAGCGUGGUGGCAAAGUCCGGGAACAUUGGGCAGGCAAACUACUCAGCCAGUAAGGCAGGUGUGGAAGCAAUGACGAGGGUAGCAGCCAAGGAAUUCGGGAAGUUCAACAUUAGGGUCAAUGCCAUUCUGCCGGGUUUUAUAAACACCCCAAUGACCGGUACUGUCCCGGACAAGGUCAAGAACAUGAUCAUCCAGCAAACGGCACUUAAGAGAUUCGGCGAGCCAGAGGAAAUCGCUGAAGUGAUUGCGUUCCUUGCAUCCGAUAAGAGUUCUUAUGUCACCGGAGCUUCUAUUGAUGUUAUUGGGGGGUAAGCCACAAAAAGUCAUAAUUCUUCUUUUUAUAUUCUUCCUGCCUCUAUAUCGCGACUCUGAGUGCUCUGCUGAGUAUCGAUGAUGGCCAAAAAAAAAACGGGUACAUUUAUAUUUUUUGUGUGUGGAUAAUUCUGAGCAAUGUUUAAGCGCAUUUUCUUCUUUUUUCUUUGAAACGAAAAGUCGUUGUAACUUUUUUUUCUUUAAAUAUAAAAUUAUAAAUACAAAUAAAAGAUUUUCAACGAGUA